AUGGGAAGUGAUGAUGAAUAUUUUGAAGAUGAAGAUGAUAUAGAUGUUGAUAUUGAUAUAGUUGACCCACCUAUUGCACCCAAAAAUAGCGAAGCAUUUCUUACAGAAGUUCAAUUAAAUAAAGAAAUUAAACUAUCACUAUUAUUAUCACAAAAAGAUUCAUUAAUUAAAUAUCUAAAUAGAAUAAAUGUAAAUAAAGAAUUAAUUCAACUUUUAAAUGAAGACAUAAAUUUAAUUAUUUCAAAUCAAAUUGAUGAUAAAAAUAAUAAAGAAAGCAAAAACAAUAGUAAUAAUAAAACCAUAUCAAUAAAUCAAACUUUAAAUAUUGAUAAUGAAUAUGUAAAAAAUACACAAACAUUUUUAUCAGAAACAGUUUCGCUAUAUCAUAAAAUUAAUUCAAAAGAUAGUAUUGUAAAUAAUAAAAAUAAUAAAGAUGCAUAUAGAAUAAAAAGGUUUAAAAAGGUAUUAGAGGAACCUAAAUUCGAUAUACCUACAAUACAUAGCGAGAUAGUUCAAGUUACAGCACCAAAAGAAGAUAUUGAAAAACGUGUUAAAACAUUUACCACCUCAAAGAAGUUAGAAAAUGGUAAAUACAAUAUCGUUGAAUUUAUUGAUGAUUCUGAAAAUAGUAGUAAUGGUGUUAAUGCUGCUGGUAGUAAUAAUAAUAGCAGUGGCAGUAGUGAUGCAAAUAAUAAUAAUAACACAUCAAGAUGUUCAGCUGUCCCACCAUCUAAAAUGAAAAUAACCAAAACCUAUAAUUUAACGGGCCCAUUGGAUAAUAUUUCAUCAUCUACCAUUCAGCAGCCCUUCAUUGAUGAUAGAUUAUCAAUAUUAGAGAAUCAUUUAAAAUUGGUUGUACCACCCGUACCCAUUGACAUCUACCAACGUGUUAAAUUAAUUGAACAGAAAAUGAUAGCUUUGGAAGAAAAGAAUCCAACAAUAUUUAAAGAAUUAUAUGAUACAAUGAAACAAAAUUCAACUGUUGAUCACACAUCAUCAACAACAACAACAACAACAACCACAUCUGUAAAUAAAGUUUUAAAACAAAAUAGUAGCAACGACAAUAAUAACAAUAAUAAUACAACAACUAGCACAAAUCCGAAUAGCAGUGGUAAUAGAAACGAUAAACCUAAAAUCACAUUCAAAUUAAAAAAAUAA